AGCACAAAAAGGAAGCAACAUCAGUUUCACAUGUGAGAUUGGGUUCAGCCCACAGCUGCAUGUAUCAGAUCACCCUACCACACAUGCUCACUAGGAACACGCAACGUGUGCUGCUUACCUCUCGUCUCACCCCGCCAGAUCACCAUGGAUGAACUCGACAUGCUUUUAGAGGAAUUGGCUCUGAACUCCACCCAGACGUCAAAUGUUCCUGCACCUAUUCCACCCAAAACUCUCUCACUGGAAGCCUCACUUAAAAGCAACAACACAACUCAGCUUGAACAAACCGAGUCCUCAAUUCUCAUUGCUGGUUCAGGAAAGACAUUUGAUAAUGCCUACAGUGUGCUUCCGGCCCCUGUGGAGGCAGGAGUGAUGAGUCCCGGCACAGCUACGCGAGAGCUAGACUCCAUCAUGAAUGAGCUGCUAGGACUUGGCCUGGAGGUUUCAGAACCAGUUCCUACAUCAAACCCACCCCCAGUGGCUAGCAAGUCAGUAAAGGACAAAAAAACAGAGGAAACUAAAGAAAGUGAUAGUGGAAGGCAGGAAGAGGAUAAGAAACCACAGCAUCCUCCUCUGACACAGAAAGUAUCCAAGAGCGUGGAUGCUAUAGAUGACUUGCUGGGCUCUCUCAGCUCGGACAUGGAGAAAAUGGGAGUCCGCACAGCUGCCAAAGGCCAUUGUGCUUCUUGUGGCAAGUGCAUAGCUGGGAAGAUGAUCACAGCUCUGGGUCAGGUGUGGCACCCAGAACACUUUGUGUGCACGGCAUGCAGGGAAGAACUCGGCACCUGUGGUUUCUUUGAGAGAGACGGCAAGCCGUACUGUGAGAAAGACUACCAGAACCUCUUCUCCCCUCGCUGCGCAUACUGCAAGGGUCCUAUUAUUCAGAACAUUCUAACAGCGAUGGAUCAAACGUGGCACCCAGAACAUUUUUUCUGCUCCCACUGUGGGGAUUUGUUUGGACCUGAUGGGUAUAUGGAGAGAGAUGGUAAACCAUAUUGCUCUAGGGAUUUUUACCGCCUCUUUGCACCCAAAUGCUCCGGCUGUGGAGAGCCAGUGAAGGAUAACUAUCUGUCCGCAGCCAAUGGAACCUGGCACCCCGAAUGCUUUGUCUGUGCGGACUGUCUGAAGCCUUUUACAGAUGGUUGCUUCCUUGAGUUGAACGGUCGGCCCCUCUGUUCCCUGCACUAUCACUCUAGACAGGGCACUCUGUGUGGGACCUGUGGAGAGCCCAUCACAGGUCGCUGCAUCGCUGCUCUGGACCGCAAGUUUCACCCUGACCACUUUGUGUGUGCGUUCUGCCUUCGACAGCUGAGUCAGGGUGUGUUUAAGGAGCAGGGAGGGAAGCCGUACUGUUCGGUAUGUCACACAAAACUCUUUGUGUGAUAGAGGUGACAUUCUUCAAAAAAAAUUAAGGUUUUAAAGCAGUGGUUCUCAACCUUUUUGACUUGUCCAACACAAGAUUCAAAAGCCCCACCCACAUAGUCUAAGAUAUGUAUAUCUGGUAUUCUGCUGUAUGACAAAGCUGCUUGUUUUCGAUUUUUUUUUAUAAACACAAACUGAGAGUAUUGAUAUAUUUAAUUACCAGGAUUCAUUUUGUGAUUCGGCUCCCUAGUUGAGAACCACUGUUUUAGACAGAAAUAGCAUGGAAGGAGUGGAACUUUUUUUUUUCUUUUCAUAAUUUGUUUCAGAAUAAAGUCAUUCAGAAUGCAAGUCAAGUCAGAAAAUGUAAAUUGCACUCAAAAGUAUUACAAAUGUUAUUGUUUACUAUAUUUUCAGCUACACUUUAUUUUGAUAGUCCACUUUAGACGUUCUACUAAGUAACUUUGCAAGUACAUGUCAACUAACUAAUUAAUUUGCAACUACUUUACAUGUCAAUUAACUUUCAUUAGAGUAUUAGAAGACUGUUAGGUUCGGGUUAGUAGAAUAAGUUGACAUGUACUUGAAAAAUGUCUGUUGGUGAGCAUCAAAAUAAAGUGUUAGCAGACAUUCUACUAGUGGGUUAUUCCUACAGUUUGGUGGAUAUUAUGUCCCCAUGAAACAAAACUGCAUAUUUUACAUAAAAUGUUAAUCAGCUUUCAUGCCACAUUGUUUUUCAAGCAUAGAUGUACUCCAAUAAAUAAUAAAAACAACUUUUUAAGCAA